AGAAACCUAAGAUAUCUGCUGAAAUAGGCCACUUUUUGUUUUUAAUUAGUUUUAAACUAUUGAGAUUAUUGUGUUCAUGUAAAUGCACUGAAUGACUGUUUUAUGUAUUUAGAUCAUGCUUCCUGCCUCUGUCACUGUUAGUCGUUGACCUGCCUCCAGUUUUGUGACAGUUUGGAAUAAAAACACCCCGAAUUGUUAUCAUGUUCUAGUUUGGUGUAGACAGGAAAUCGUGUGGUUUGUGUUUUUGCACUUUGUCCCUUACAAGAAGUUUUCCCUUUUUUUAAAAAAAAACUACAUACAAGUCUGCUAGCAAUUUACUACCUCCCAGUGCCCAAUAAAAACAGCUGCCCCUCCAAUAAAACAAAUGUAUAUUAUAAUGUACAAAAAGAGUGGCAGUACCAGUCCUGAGCUAGGAGCAGUAGUAAAAAAAAGUGAUAAUGAAAGACAAUAGGCUGUGUUUGGAGGAAGCACCAAGACUAAAAAUGUCCAGGACUCUUAAACCUGAAUAAUUCAAUGAGCCAUUGUUUACACACACAAGCGUCAGAAAGUCAUUUUUGCACAUCAGUGGUUUAAGCCACAUACAAAUACACAACCUUCUUGUAGCAAAGUAUAUUCAACAGUCUUUUUUAUCUUAUUUGAUUUUCAGGAAUUGUCCAGUGGUUACAAUGACAGACACUCUUCUGCGCUCCAUUCCUGCAGAGAUCCAGCACCCCUACUCUAAGUUUUCUGACUGGAAGUUCAAACUCUUUCGGAUUAAAUCCUUUGAGAGAGCUCCUUUGGCCCAAGACAAAGAAAACCAGCCAGUAGAACAGACAGUGUCACAGUCUCCAGAAGAAGCUGAGAUGGCAGAUGAGGAACCUCCCUCUGCUAGUGUCAUGAAAGUAUGUUUAGGUGGGAAGUCAUUUGAUAACAACCGAGUGGACCUGAAGAUCGUGGAGAUUGAAAUGCACAUGGCGCACUUAAGACGUCUGUGUAGACUGUGUGGUGGUGCAUUGAAAAGAGACAGGACCAACCUGGAGCAUGAGGUCCAAGGUGCUUUGGACGAGAUGAGCCGAGAGGCACUGAAGAAGAUGGGUUGCAAGGCCAGGGCCUGGCCAGAGGUCAUAUUGAAGGUUUUUAAGGUAGAUGUGACUGGAGACCUGGAGACUGUCCACCCCAUAUUUUUCUGUCAUAGUUGCUGUAAGGUCGCUAUCAGAGGAGGUGGCUUCUGCUGCUUUUCUCAAACCCGAGUUCCCCAGUGGAUGCCUCACUCUGCACAGUGCAGGUUGUGCUCCCGGGUUGUGGGUUCUCUUAAAAGAAAGAUCAAGCUCCAGGCCACUCAGCUAGCCAAGAGAGCUAAAGUGGACCUCAAGGAAAACAGAGGCCGUCGAUCCAAUGCUCACGGUCAAGCAAAAUUCUGGCCCAAAUCUCAAAGUCAAAGGAGCUUCUGGGUAAAGAAGAUCACCCGCUGCAAGAAGGUUCACCUCGACUCCAGGCUCUUGGCAGUCGACUAUCCUGUUGACUUUGUGCAGUCUGUCUCCUGCCAGGUCUGUAAUCAUCUGCUGGCCGACCCCGUCCAAUCAUCUUGCAAGCAUCUCUUUUGCAGGACCUGUAUCGUGAAGUACAUUCGGGCUCUGGGAACGCACUGCCCUGCUUGUAGGGAACCCUGCAUCCCGGCAGAUUUGGUGACCCCAGCCAAAGCUUUCAUGAAUGUUAUUUACUCACUGGUGGUCCGGUGUCCUUUGGAAGGCUGUAAGGAGCAGGUGAGGCUGGAACACUAUGGAACCCACACCCUCAGUCAUCAAGAGGUCAAAGGCAAUGAAGUCUAUUCACCCAUCAAUAAGGGGGGGCGCCCGAGGCAGCACCUGCUCUCUCUAACCCGAAGGGCCCAGAAACACAGACUGAAGGAGCUAAAACACCAGGUGAAGAUCUUUGCAGAUAAAGAGGAAGGAGGGGACAUCAAGUCUGUCUGCCUAACACUCUUCCUACUGGCCCUGAGAGCUGGCAACGAGCACAGACAGGCUGAUGAACUAGAGGCAAUCAUGCAAGGUAGAGGAUCCGGAUUGCACCCAGCUGUAUGUCUAGCCAUUCGGGUGAACACCUUUCUGAGCUGCAGUCAGUACCAUAAAAUGUACAGGACAGUAAAAGCAACCAGCGGAAGGCAGAUCUUUCAGCCCUUGCAUGCCCUCCGUAAUGCAGAAAAGGUUUUGCUGCCAGGAUACCACCCGUUUGAGUGGCAGCCAGCCCUAAAGAACGUCUCCAGCAGCACAGAGGUGGGGAUUAUUGAUGGGUUGUCUGGCUGGACAGUUUCUGUGGAGGACUCUCAAAUGGACACUAUUGCUCGCAGGUUCCGCUAUGAUGCUGCCUUGGUUUCAGCCUUGAAAGACCUGGAGGAGGACAUUCUGGAAGGUAUUAAUGAGCAAGGACUGGACGACUCCUCCACAGAGGUCUUCACAGUGGUGAUCAAGGAGUCAUGCGAUGGAAUGGGUGAUGUGAGUGAGAAACACGGAGGUGGACCAUUGCUCCCAGAGAAAGCUAUCCGCUUCUCCUUCACCAUCAUGUCUAUUGCCACCAAGAACGAAGAUGGAGAAAACAUAAAUGUCUUCCAGGAACACAAGCCAAACUCAGAGCUCUGCUGCAAACCCCUGUGUUUGAUGUUUGCAGAUGAAUCUGACCAUGAGACAUUGACAGCUAUUCUGGGUCCAGUGCUGGCCGAACGGGAAGCCAUGAAAGAGAGUCGCCUGAUCUUGGAGAUUGGUGGCCUGUCUAGGUCCUUUCGAUUUAUCUUUAGGGGCACAGGGUAUGAUGAGAAGCUGGUGAGGGAUGUUGAAGGAUUGGAGGCCUCAGGGUCAACCUAUAUCUGUACCCUCUGUGAUGCCACCAGAGGCGAAGCUGCCCAGAAUAUGGUUCUUCACUCUGUCACCAGGAACCAUGAGGAGAACCUAGAUCGCUACGAGAUAUGGCGGUCCAAUCCCUACUCGGAGUCAGUGGAUGAACUCCGUGACAGAGUGAAGGGAGUGUCAGCCAAGCCCUUUAUGGAAACACAGCCUUCCAUUGACGCCCUGCACUGUGACAUUGGCAAUGCUACAGAGUUCUACAAAAUAUUCCAGGAUGAAAUAGGGGAAGUCUACCAGAAUCACAACCCUACCCAUGAGGAGAGGAAAAGGUGGCAAUCUGCCCUAGACAAGCAGCUGAGGAAGAAGAUGAACCUUAGACCUGUCAUGAGGAUUAAUGGCAAUUUUGCCCGCAAGUUGAUGACUAAGGAGACAGUAGAAGCUGUCUGUGAGCUUGUCCCAUCUGAAGAACGAAGAGAGGCCCUCAGGGAGCUUGUGCACCUUUACAUCCAAAUGAAGCCUGUCUGGCGUGCCAACUGCCCAGCCAAAGAGUGCCCAGACUUGCUCUGCCGUUACAGCUUCAACUCGCAGCGCUUUGCAGAGCUCCUCUCCACUACCUUCAAGUACAGAUAUGAUGGAAAGAUCACCAACUACCUCCACAAGACCUUGGCCCAUGUGCCUGAGAUCAUUGAAAGGGAGGGUUCCAUAGGGGCCUGGGCCAGUGAGGGCAAUGAAUCCGGGAACAAGCUCUUCCGUCGGUUCCGCAAGAUGAACGCCAGGCAGUCCAAGUGCUAUGAGCUGGAGGACAUUCUCAAGCAUCACUGGCUUUAUACUUCCAAGUACCUCCAAAAGUUUAUGGAGGCACAUAAGAACUCAGCCAAAGCCUUAGAGGCCACAAUAAAUCCUGUAGAGACCCAGGACGAUGCUAUCAAUCUGAUAGACUCCUUGGAGUUUUGAUCAAGCCAAAACUAUGCUAGAAAAGGGCUGUUCUACCUAGAAGUGUUUCACAUCAGUCAUCUCCUACAGGUAUCCUGUGGGCUUGGGAGUUUGAAGGCAGAGUUCUUCAAACAGGCUAUACCAGUCAGGUUAGGGGAAGACAUUCUGAACUAAUUCAGUUUCGUUAGUGGAAGGGUUUAGUCCUGAUUGAGUCAACCUGGUUGGUUUAAGUUGUUUGUAAGAAAACAAGGUGGAAAUGUCUGAUAUAUUAUCUAUUAUGAUAUAAUAUUUUGGCCCAUAUUUUCUCUGACCACAAUUAGAGAGUGUAUGUGAAAUUAAAAAAAAAUAAGGAUAGGUUUGCACAAAGGUUAUUUAGGUUCAAAGAACCCAACUGGAUGUGGAUUUUGUUUGGAAAACAAGGCUAAAUUGCAUUUGUUACAGACUGAAGCUACCAUUACUAUCAAGACUUUUUGAAACUCAGGAUUUUAAUUAUUGAAUUUCAUGUUCUUCCCAAUCACAAUUUCUGUUUUUAUUUGAAAACUGUGAUGGUUAUCCUUUUGUUGACCUGUUGUUUUGGAAAAGGUUUAGGAGAGUUAAGGUAAGGUCAUAGAAAGAAAAAAUAGCUGCAUCAGUUUUACUGUAAUAAGCCCUAUUCACAGGCCCUCGCCCAUUUUGGGUUACUCUGGUAACUCCUAUAGUUUUGUUUUUCAACUGUUUGAAAGCAAUUGAGCAAAGUAUAAUAUUAAGUUGAUUGUGUUUGUUACUUGAGUUAAUGAACAAUUUAUCUUGAAAGAUGUUAACAUUUUUGCAGGUCUUUUUUAAUUGGAUGGUAAUUAAUGUAUUUGUAUUCAUGGUUGGUAACAUUUUAGAAAAAUGCUAGGUCAAUUUUAUAUGGUGGUAGAUUAUUUAAAGAAAAUUGUCACAAGAGAAUGUUUAAUGUUUAAAACUAGUUUAAUGGUUAAAAUACAUGUGUCUUGGUUAGUUUUUUUAAAUAAAUGUGGAAAGGGUUUGAAUAUCUAUUUUGUUAUUGUUGAAAUACAUUAUUAACUUGAAGAAUUUAAUCUAGUGCAGUGGUUUUCAAAUUUGUUAGGCCCCAUACUCCUUUCCAAAUAAUCUAGUCUACCGCGUACCCCAUCUGACAUAGGGUCAUAAUAUACCUAUGAAAACAGGAAAAAAAUGUGUUUUUCUAAUUACUAGAUUAAGUACUUGCUAAACCUCUUAACUUUAGACACCAGAAGCCAAUAACGAUUUGUUAGAAUGAGGCCAAUUAGAUCGCAAGCCAAUAUUUCGGUUUCAGAUUUGUCAUGUGUUGCAGGACAGAUUUCAGUAAAACUAAGCCCUGAUUAGUGAACAAUACAGCCAUGCACAGAGGGUAUGAAAUUCUGUAUUUAAAAAUUAACCAAUAGGACUUUAAGUUACAAAAAACUUUAAGCGGGCCAUUAAAAAAAAUGCAUCUCGAUUUGCUGGUUCAGAAGGCACACAGGAAAGGAGGAUGGGCUAGAGUUUAGCCAAGUACUAAACUGUAAAGUACUGUAAAUGGAAAACUGCUGUUAAAAACUAACAAAAUAAAAUACAAUUAUUUCAUACUCCAAUAAGUAUGCCGAAACGAGUCAAAAUUAAGAGUCUAAAAACAAAACGAAGGUUCAAAUUUAAAACAAAAUCAGAAGCAGUUCUGAACAAAAUUCAUGCAUUUCUUCCAAUAAAUGAAGAGUAGAGAGAAAACAGAUAAUAACAUUUUAAAAAGUUACAAGUAUAGGCAUUUUUUUGUUUUUUUAAUUGAACUCAAAUUUUUUCGUUGAACACUUGAGCAGGGGCAACAUACAAUGCUGUGUGUGUCUUGUGCGAUACCGAAUCUAUUAUUAUUAUUAUUAUUAUUAUUAUUAUUAUUAUUAUUAUUUGUUUAUUUAGCAGACACCUUUAUCCAAGGCGACUUAUAGAGACUAGGGUGUGUGAGCUAUGCAUCAGCUGCAGAGUCACUUACAAUUACGUCUCACCCGAAAGACGGAGCACAAGGAGGUUAAGUGACUUGCUCAGGGUCACACAAUGAGUCAGUGGCUGAUGUAGGAUUUGAACCGGGGAACUCCUGGUUACAAACCCUUUUCUUUAACCACUGGACCACACAGCCAGAAUAAGCACAUUGUUGUGAAGUGAAUAUUUACAAAAACUAAUUUGUUGAAGCAGAAAGUGGAUAUUUAAUCAGACAGUCAAAAAUGACUUAUCUGGGGCUCCCGAGUGGCGCAUCCAGUAAAAGUACUCGCUAGAGUGCAGGAUGCGCUCUAUAGCCUGGACGUUGCGAGUUCGAGUCCAGGCUAUUCCACAGCCGACCGUGGACGGGAGCUUCCAGGGGGUGGUGCUCAAUUAGCCGAGCGUCGCCCGGGGGGAGGGAGGGUUAGGUCGGCCAGGGUGUCCUCGGCUCACCACGCACCAGCGACCCCUGUAGUCUGGCCAGGCGCCUGCGGGCUUGCCUGUAAGCUGCCCAGAGCUGCGUUGUCCUCCGACGCUGUAGCUCUGAGGCGGCUGCACGGUGAGUUCGCAGUGUGUAAAGAAGCGGGUGGCUGAUGGCACACGCUUCGGAGGACAGCGUGUGUUCAUCUUCGCCCCUCCCGAGUCAGCGCAGGGGUAGUAGCGGUGAGCUGAGCCUAAAAAAUAAUUGGGUAUUUCAAAUUGGGGAGAAAAAAAAAAAAAAAAGACUUAUCUAAAUGCUUCCAUGUUAAAGUGUUUAGUGCAGAAGUAUGUUCAUGUUAAUCAGCUGUAAGACAAUUAAAGCUUGUUGAUGGGCUCUCGCGGUAUGAUAUGAACACACUCAGUAGGUCUGGAGUAGGGAAUCCAAUUCCAGACACUUUUCCCAAUCCCAGGAUUUCGGGAUUGAUUUAUUUAUUUUUAUUCCUGGGAUUCCAUUUUUGUAAUAAUAAUAAUAUUAUGCUUUUACUUUUAUUAACAAUUACCGAUGUAGAGACGUAGGGUAAUGUACUCACACGACAAAGCAGUUCUUCAACAAAUUAAUGAAUAAUGAUAUAAACACUUACAAGCACUGCAAGUAAAGAUAACAUUCAUGUCGCUCCAGCUCAGAACAAGUGAGUGAUUUCACUGUCUAAGCAGGGCGGCCAAGCUGCCUGCUCAACUCAAUAGUACUGUUAUUUAAAAACGUAAAUGUAGAUAAAACACUAAGCUGAUUAAACUACUAACAAUGAACAUUUAAACUCCAGAUAGUAAACUUACCUAGUAAAUACUGCACAUUUUUAAAAGAAGCAACAUUGUACAAUGACAAACUGAGUUGUUUUUGUUUUUAGCCCACAGACUGCAGCACCACUGCCCUGCUAUUUAAAUAUGUAAAUUAGCCAUGUGUGCACUCAGCGCUCACUCACUGUCAGCAGAUGGCUGGGUGUUUAUAGAGUUAACCUCACCCAACAGAAAGGAAACGUACACCAGUACAGCUGCGGUUUUAUUUGAAAGGAGAUUCAACAUUGUUGAUUUGAUUGCUAAGUUGCAAAGUACUACAACGUGGUUAAAAAAGAAAAAAAACGCUGUCCGCCAUUACAGGUUUUUCUCGCGUACCCCCUGACGAGAGGUCGCGUACCCCAGUUUGAAAACCACUGGUCUAGUGGCUAGAUAGGCAUGUCCACUUAAGACAAUGCAGACUAGUUAGAUUUUGCUAUACAAUUAUUUUCUUUCUUGGUAAAAGGAGAAUCUUCUAGGGACUUGCAAUUAAUCAUUGAUAUUCAUAAAGAAUUGUGGGAAAAAGUGCAGGCCUUGUUAUUGUUAUCAGUUCAAUGUACUAUUGUUCGUAGCUGUUUUUUUUUUUAAAUAAAUAGGUAGCAUUACUGUAUUUUAAGAAACAAUCUUUUACUGAAACAACAAAGCAACUAUAACUAUAACCCACUCAAUCGCAAGUACAGAUUGAAUUUUGAUGCCUCCAUUUUAAGAAAUCACAGGGUUGCUGUUAUUGUGUAACUAAAUAAUAAUUAAUGGCUCAUCUAGAAAUGCAGACUGAAAAUCAGCUGCUCUAUUCACAAACGGUUUAAUUUAAAGGUUGUUUCUUGGAAGAAUACAGAUGGUGUGGCUUUUUUAUUUCAAUACUUCUGACCACUUGUGUCAGCAUCAGACAGGUGGCUGUUUUUCUGCUAGAUACAGGUUUUUCUGCCAGGUUUUACUAUUUUCCGUAAGAAACGUAACAGGCUAACUUUUUUAUUUUUCAUUAUCAUGUAAUAUAACGUUAUUUUGAUGAUACAUUUUUAAUAUGAUCAACAGAAUAUGUAUAGAAAAUACACUAGCGUUCGAGAUCACAAAGGUAACAGUACGUUUUUUUUCAUGCAUUCCCAGGUUUUUCUUUGUUUAUCAUAUAAUACUAAUUCAAUGUUGAAUUAUACCUUUUUGUUUUUAAAUAUUCAUAUCUCUCAUUAAAAUAUAAUUGUUCAUGUUUUGUAAAUGAUUAAGUGUAUUCCUGUUAGAUUGAUAUUACUAUGUAUGUAUACUGUGUUUCAUUGUACUCUGUUUGAAUGGGCAAAAUGAACUGCACAAGAAAAUGCAAACUGAAAUGUUUUCACGUCAUUAGUUUUUGUAUUUCUUUACAGAACAAACUACCUCGUAGUGCUGCAAUAUGUAUCAUUGGAAAGGGACCUAAGAGAGUUUUCUUAGUGCAACACAACGAAAGAAACCCACACGUUUCUAAGUCAAUGGUUAAAAGUGCUUGGAUUGAUUUGCAAUUAGUUAAUUGAAAAACAAUUAGUUGUACAUUAAACAAACAUUGUAUUGUUUCUUAUUUCUAAGUUAGGUGGUUCGACCUACCAAUCUUUCUCUGCUGGAAAUGAUUAUUAUUAUUAUUAUUAUUAUUAUUAUUAUUAUUAUUAUUAUUAUUAUUAUUAUUAUUAUUAGUUGUAGUAGUAGUCGUAGUAGUCAUAGUCGUAGUAGUAAAAGCUGUGGUAAUAGAUUUAUGCUCUCCUUAAAGAACACGACUUGAACAAUCACUUCAAAUCAAUUACUUGAACAAUACCUCAAAUUAAGGAAAGAAAAUAAAAAAAUCUUGAAAAAUAAAUGUGCUAUGAACAACAAUGCCAGCAUUAAGUGGACUUUACAGCAGAAGCCUCAUAUUUACACACUUUACUGUACAAUUACUGCUUUUGCAAUGCUCUAUGUACAGUAGUAAGAUCUUUAUAUAUUUAUUCACUUUUAUAUUUUAAUUUAAUGUCAGCCAAAAAACAAAAUGUUGUGCACUGAGGUUUUGCAGUUUUAUUUUCAAAACCUAUUUUAGUGUAAGUUACUAGGUAUUGCAAUACAGGGCCCUAUUACAGUUUUAACACGGGAGUUGCUAUCCUGAAUGCUUCUUCUCUUUGACUACCUUAUUAUACCUUCAUGGCCGGUUUCACAGACCUGCAUCCCUUACAUAAGGCUGUCCACGAUUAGUGAUAAACAGGGUCUGUGAAACCAGCCGUUAAGAAUAGUUUUAAUGCUUUGAUGAAAUAAAAAUGU